AUGUCAACAGACUACAAAACCGAGGAGAAAACCAUCAAGAACAUCGUGUACAAGAACGUGCGCCCCAUCAAUGAAAAAAAGUGGCAUAUAUUAUAUGAGUCCGGCUUUGUGCCCCUCACUCUCCUAGUCGCUUACACUGUGUUCAACUUGUGGAAGUCCAUGCUCGAGGCAAUGAUACGCACGGAAACGUUAAAGGCUUGUCGCAUGGGAGGAGCAGCUUGGUGGAAACAACGGAGGAUAGAGGAUUCGGUCAACAAGUCUGUUUCAAAAGCCUUUCGUCUGGUAACAACAGUUUCAUCGUGGAAACAGCAGAAAACAGAAAGUGGUGUUGACAGUGCCUUACUUUACCCUGCACAUUCCAUGUGCUUUGAUCUUUUCCCGCUCAGAACAAUGAGUACUACUGUUUACUCUCCAGACGACAGUCAUGUGAGGUGGCGGUUUCCGGUCGAUGACAGGACGAGGGACAUGUUCAUGAAGGUUCAUCAUGGUGUUUUGAACCAAAUCAUGAUCGUCACUCUCAAUGCAGCUUCACCAAUCACCCAGGAAUUGAUGGAGGAAGCGCUCAAUAUUCUCUACGACAAAGUUGAAUCAUUGAGGAUCUGUUUCCGACUUCGUCAAAAUACUCUGUGGGUUGCAGAUAUGCCUAACCGCCUGAUGGAUUUUAAGUCCGUCAGCGGGGAUGACCUGGGGAAGCACAUUUUCCACUUGUCCAGCUCUUCAUUUGACGUCCACAACGGGCCUUUGUGGAAGGUUCGGCUGAUGACCUCUCCACCAGAUUCACCUUGUCAUUUCCCUAAAGUAAAAGAAAAGUUUCCAUAUCAGCAUAAGCUCUUGCUGUCCUUGCAUCACGCAGCCAACGAUGGCAGGGUCGUGAUGCUUUUAACAGAGUCAUUAUUCAGAAUUUUAGACCACCUCCUUCAAGGUCUUCAUGUUGAUGGACAACAGAUUGGCAUAUUACGUGAUGGAAUCGAGGCUAGAGAGGAGGAACACAGGAUCAAAACUGCUUUGGAAAAUGAUCCAGUGCGGCUAAAAGCAGCACUACGAGAACCUGAGUUGACCAAUCACGUGCCUCUCCUUGUUGAGGCUUUCGGUGCAGUGAGUGAAACAAGCCCCAGGACAAAUCUUCUUCCACCAAUUCAGUUUGAUGCAGAAGAAAUGAAAAGUAUUGAUCACAAGUGUCGUUCAUUCGGUGUCUCCACUAACGCGUUCAUGACUGCUGUCUUUAACACAGCCUUAGUUGAAGUAGUGCGUGAAGCAGGGCUAAAAAGGAGCAACUACUUGAUAUCAAGUAUUCACCCUGUUGACAGUCGCCGGCUUAUGGGAAAGACUUCAAAACCUGUGCUUGGUUACCAUGCACAGCGAAUGGUCCAGAGCACUGUAACUCCUCAUGACGUAAAGGGUCGCUUUUGGGGUUAUUUGAAAGACCUGAACGCUGAACUCAGUGGAAAGUUGAAAAGAAAUUACAUGUGUGAACAAAGGGUUCUGCAUGCUAUGCUCAGAAGUGAAGGCUACAAUCAGGAGAUGCAAUACGCUCAUCCUCUGCCUCUCUCCCAUGACUACAUGUUCUCCAAUAUUCAUUCUCCAUUUGCUUUCCCUGGAGGAACUGGCACGUUAGCUCACAUAACGUCUAUGUCUAUGUACGUUAAGAUUCACAAAGAGAUAUUUCCACUAGGCUUAGGUUUCUUUGAUGUCCGUGGUAAAACAUUUUUGGAGUUAACUCACUCCACAGCAACUAUUAGCAAAAAAGUAGCUCACAGGCUACAUGAUAAAAUUGUUGUUGUUCUUCAUGACAUCUCCAGAGCAAUGACAUAGUCCAGAAAUGAUGCCAAGCAACUUGCUGUGGCUUCCAUUCAGUGUAAGAUAAACUAAAGGAAAUGUUUUUAAAAUAAACCUUAGACAAUAAAUGUUUACAGAUAAAAAUUAGAAUGGUUUGGUAGGGAACAUUUGCAAUCAUUAUGGAAUACACAGUGUUAGAGCGUCAUUCAGAGAUAAGGCAAACUAGGAAUCCUUCUUUUCUUUAUUAUUGGUAAACUCUGGAACUGUUUCUGUAUUCCAUCCUGUCAUUAACUUGGGAGGUUUCAAAAUUUAGAUAAUCCUUCUCUGACUGUACUUGAUAGGAAAUGGAUAGGGAAGAUGGGUGGAAGUUAUAGUAGAUGAUUCAGAUGACAAGGUAAUUAUGACAACUUCAAGAAGGAAAAGUUUCCAAAUUGAUUGCACUAUUGUAUGAUCAUAUUGCAUCAAACAUUAUCUGCUUUCAAUAUAUUAAUACAACAUA